AUGGGUUGUAUCGAUGGAAAAUGGGCACCGGUGAUAGUGAUUAUCGUGGUUAACAUGAUUAAUGGGUUGGUUAACGCUUUGACAAAGAAAGUUCUCGAUCAAGGCAUUAAUCAUAUGAUUAUUGCUACCUAUCGUUUGGGAAUUUCCACAUUUUUUCUUCUUCCGAUCGCUUAUUUUUGGGAAAGGAAAACAAGGACGAAGCUAACCACAAGCGUAUCGUGUCAGCUUUUCGUAUGUGGCCUUUUUGGGGCUAGUUUGAUGCAAUAUUUCUACUUGCUUGGACUUAGCUACACUUCUGCCACCAUAGGAUCUGCUUUCUGGGGCACAUUGCCUGCUUUAACUUUCAUUCUGGCUCUAAUAUUCGGAUUCGAAAAGCUAAAUAUGAAAACAAAAGCCGGAUACGGUGUCGUUCUUGGAGCUAUGAUAAGCUUAGCUGGAGCUUUAAUUCUUACGUUGUACCAAGGCAUUUCAUUGUCGAACUCUCAAGAACACGCAACGGUUUCUGACAUCCGAAAAGGACAUGAGAAUUGGAUCAAAGGCUGCUUUCUUUUAUCCUUAGGAGUUACAUUUUUCAGUUCAUGGAUGUUUAUACAAGCCAAAGUUAACGUGAACUACCCAUUUCCAUACUCGGGUACGGUUAUUUUAUCGGUCUUUGGGACGCUUCAGUGUGCUCUUCUUAGCUUGAUCAAGACUAGACAUGUGGAAGAUUGGAUCCUUAGAGACAAAUUCACCAUAAUCACCGUCGUUAUAGGGGGUGUAGGUGCACAAGGAAUGUCUACGGUGGGAAUAUCAUGGUGUAUCAAACAACGUGGACCUGUAUUUACAUCAGCAUUUAGUCCUGUCACACUUAUUUUCGCAAUCGUGUUCGAUUUCUUGAUACUUCAUCGUAUGAUCUAUAUGGGAAGUGUUAUUGGAGCGGUGGUAGUUGUGAUUGGUUUAUACAUAUUUUUAUGGAGUAAGAGCAAACAAAUUGAUAUUUGUAAAAUCAUUAAAUCACCUACGAGUACGGUGAAAGAAGGAGACGAAGAGAACGGCCAUACAAAUAUUAACAAUUAG